AUGGAGUUCCCUGCUUCAUAUUACGGGGACAUUGAUAGAAGAAACCCAGUUAUUUUAGCGUUUGAACGAGAGGUUAGCUCGUUUUUAACGCUAAUGAAACGAUUCACCUCUACGCCCAGCCAAGACAACAGUUCUUACGCCAGAGGGGUUAAACUGCUGGUGGGGAUUUGCAGCAAAUACAAACAUCGACUGCCUUCGAAGCUGUACCAGGAACACAUGCUGCAUAUUGCAGAUUUUCUUUUUGGCAUAAAGUUGUACAACCUGGCGUUAUGGCAUGGCUACACCCCUCACCUGCAGCAGUUCAGCUCAGUGGAUAUAACUGAUGUCACAGAUCUGAGCACUUUUAUGGCCUGCUUUUUCCCUGAAGGCUUUGAUACAGAUCAACACACACUGAACAUGAAGUUCCGUGCACUACAGGGCUGCUACCUGUGUAUAUUUGAGCAGGAGAAGAAGCAUGAUGUCCUGAGCCAGGCAGGACUCUGCAGGCUGCUGUGUGUGCUGAACUUCAUCAGGGUCAUGAUGCAGGCCCUUCAGCAACAUGAACACCUCUGCUGGCAGCUGUAUAAUGGUUCACUGCACAUCUACAACAUCUGUCGCUACCUAAUGACCAUGAACUUUAGUGCACAGGUGCUGGAGUUCCUGCUGUGGGCCAGUAUUAGCGUCGAGCUGUCAAUCCCUCUGAUGACUGUGAAAUAUCUGCCCUGGAUGGUCACGCUCUACUGUGCUGUCUGCCAGUGUUACUACGACAUCCAGGCUGCAGUGCAGGCAGAGGUCUUUGCCAGGAGAGCCUUAGGAAAAAUCAAUGAGCUAGCUAAACUGGAGGAGCAGAGUGGAGUUCCUGCCACCAGAGAGACUCAGAGAGCUUACAAAGAAGCCUCCAUCAAGCUGGCCACCAUGUUGUUCAAGCGGGCAGUGUAUGAGCCCAGGAAGAGACCCAAAGGCAUGUUCCGAGCCAAAACCAAGGGCAACCUGAAGGACAUACCAAAUGUGCCAUGGCCUCGUACCACAACAGAGCAUGUGUUAAUAGAGCUGUAUGACAGCAGUGCAGCACAGUUCUUAGGCAUCCUUGAAGCCCUGUGGGACAGCAGCAGACGCCCGCUGCAAACUGGUAUGCCAGAUGAACCAGAGCUGCAGGAGGUGGUCCUGGAACUCCUUUCUGCUGGCAUCAGUAUUCUGGGUGGAAUAGGAGGCGCUAGUGAGCAAGGGCGUGAUGACCGCCUUUUGAUGUCUCUCAGCAAAUGUACAUCUGAGUCCACUUUAAUGGAGUUAGCCCUCUCAGGAGAAAACAAAGUAUCAUUCAUGUCUGCAGUGAAGUUCAUCAAGUUGUUGUUUCAUUAUGAGCAGUUUGAUGUAUUUACUGCACUGGCCAGAGCAAUGCUGCAGCUGUUACCUGAUGUUGAGGGGAUGCCACUCAGGAAAGCAGAGCUUGAGUUAGCUUUGCUGGACAGCUUCAACAGUUUCCAGUCUUCCGAGAGGAUCCGCUUUAAGGAGGACAUUCUGAUCAAUGAGCGACACAAGUCUGAAGCCGUGAUGAGUGCUGAGUUCAUUACCCUGGUUGACACCCUUCACAAGUCUGUUUGUGGCUCUGCUCUGGAGGUGCAGCCAGACAGGGACCUGAUUCUGGAUGUUGUGCUGUUCCUGUGGUGUAGGAUAAAGCCUGUGUUUCAGAGAACUCAGUUCCAACACUGGGAGUCUAAACAGGACUUGGGAAAACAAGACCAUCACCACAAGUGGGUGUGGUGCCUGUUUUCCCUGUGCGAGGUGGCCUCUGUCAGUGACCUGGUGACUGUUGACUGCAUAGUGGUGGCAGAGAUGACUCUCAGACUGGCCAUGCUGCUGGAGAGCACUGCUGACUCAGCCAGUGAGGCACAUGGUGUAAAGCCCAACCCUUUCUCUCCUCUUGAGAGUUCCAUUACAGAGCGCUUUCAGAAGGUAUGUGAGGUGGUAGAGAGGGGUCGUGACGCUCUGGCAAGGGGCUGGGACACACUGUUGACCCAGAAUGGCUCAGCCAUCACUGACUCCACCUUCCUGCAGACAUUUAAACCUGGUUCCUCGCCAACCCACUCUCCACUUCCUCCAGCAUCAGGGGCGGGUGCUGAAGAAAAUGGGAAUGGAGUGAGUGAGAAGAGGGAAGAAGAGCUGGAAACCAUGGCAGAAUCAGAGGUUGGAGGGUCUCAUCCCACCCUGUCUAUGCGUCUGUCCCUGCUGGCCACAGACCUGCACCUGGAGCUUGUCACCAUCCAACACAGGGUCUCCCUCAAGUCAUUGCAGUUUAACCCAGUUCUGACAGAGCCUGAGCUCCUGGAACAUAUCAGGAAGAACAAGGUAUCCAAAGCUCUGUUCCUGAUGCAGAAAGCUUUGCUGCUCUACAACAACAUGGAGCCAAGUAACAGCAGUAAAACCAAGAUGCUUCUUGAGGAGGCCUUGACCUUGAUAGAGAAAGCUGGGGUGGAGGAGAGGAAGCUGUAUAAUGCUACCACUUGUCCAAAUGAAACUUCUACAUCUGAUAACAACAGAGGAAAGAAGGAGGGAAAUGAAAGGCCUCCACCUCCCCCCAUCCUUCUUUCCCGCACUGAUCACUCUUUAACCUUUACCCCAGCACCUUACAACAUGGAGGAACAGGUGUGUUGGUACCAGCUCUGCGGCCGCACAGCCAAGGGUGUGAACCUUAAGGUCCGUCUUGGAGACUGCAGCCUGCCUGGAACUGGAAAUUUGGUACCAGCUUUGCACAGCCAGUGCAAACUGACGGUGGAGGGGCUGGAGCCCAACCAGAAGUAUGUGUUUGCUGUGGCUGCUUACAACUGCCAGGGCAAGCUAGUGGGCAGCACCAUAGGAGAGACAACUGAUCCAAUCGUAGCAUCUCUGCCGCUACCACUGCUCACCACCUGGGCUCACCUGGCACAGGUGGCAUUUCAAACUCAGCAGUACACUUUAGCUAAGAGAGCCUGCAGGGAGUUGUGGAGCCACUAUACCCAUCCCAACCCUGAGCCCGACAGCACACAGGGGAGCCUUGCUCUCACAAGGCUGCGUGUCCAGACCCUGCAACACUCUUCUUCUGUCCUCCUUCAGUUAUUUCUCACCUCCAUUUUCAUUGAGACAGAGAUUAACAUUCAGCAGGGGGCACUCUACUGUGACUCAGUCUGUGACAAUGGGCCGCUUAUCUGGGGACAGGAAGCCAGAUUAGCAGAAUGUGACCGAAUGCUAGUGGCUAUGGACCUGGCUAUGUGGAUGAAUGACAGUGGUGCUGCCCUGCAAGCUACAGUAGGCUGUUACGGCCUCUUGGCCCCUCUAAUCUUCCAUCAGAUCACUUGUGAGCCCGUAGUGCAGGUGCUAACAAAAUGCCUGAUACUUUUGGAGGAGAAUUCAGCUGUUCUAAAACAGAAACAUACUGAAGACACCUCAGGUUCACUCAUGCACAUGAUUGCCUGCAUCACCUACUAUUUGUCAAAGGCAUUGCGUGUGCUCAGAGAGUAUCAAAUGGCUUCUGUCGUGAUGACCCGCGGUCGCAAGCUGCUGCAAGAGGUUUAUGAGAGCCAGCUGCAGCUCAGUAGACUUGUCAGUGAGACUGAGGGGCUGAAAGCGCUGCAUGUGGAGAAUGAAAGAGGAAUCUUAAAUGAUGCAGCUUCCACCUCAAACAGUGAGUCAUCACCGCCACAUGAGCUGACUGGCCUUGAGGAUCCUGUCAUACUUUAUAAUGUCAUCACCAUCAGCAAGUUAAAGUGUGCCUAUCGAGAUGUGAUGAAGUUCAGGCAUAAGCUAGGUUUCACUGAGUUUGCUGCACUGCUGCUACAGAGAACCAUGGAAGAAGACCAACCAGAGCAGGUCAUACAGUGGGGACAAAACAUAUUUGAAUAUCUUUCCAGGCGUGACGAAAGUCUGGGUCUGCGUGUAAAAAUUUUUGGGGGAAAGAGCCACAACAUAAAUUCAUUUGUGCUGGAUCUGCUUGUGUGCAGGGAGAUGCAGGCUGAGGAGAACCUGCUAAAGCUGAUGGCAGCAAUGACGCGUUGCCACCAGAAGCGCCUUCAGCAGAGGAGUGUGUGCUGCGAGGAGAGAGUGUGGAGGUCACAGCUCAACCAUAGCAUGGCUCAGGCACACAUAGCAUUGUUGCACAAGACUCUGGACCGGCUGCAUGGAGCAGCCUUGCAGCACAGCUAUAGUCAGUUCAACCCCUUGUUUUUCUCUCUGGCCCAUUCUGGGGUCCUGGUGCGAAUGAAGAACUCCAACUACGAUGUUAAGGACAACCUUCUGGCUGCACACAAAGCAAUCAGUGGAAAGGGUUCUGUCACAGUGCAGAGCUGUACGGAGGGACAAAACUCUUCUCAAACUGCAAUGCCGCAAGCACCCAACAAGCCCCCUGUCAGGUCCUCUUCUACCAGACGCAGUGGCAUGUCGCUGCUGGACUCACUCAACAGAGCUGCUUUACAUUUUCGCAGGGCUAUGGUCCUGGCCCACCGUGGUGGCCAUUGGACAACUCUGCGGUGUGUGUGUCAAACUCUGUGGGACCAAGGCUGCAGAAUCACUGCUUUGGUUCAGAGAGCUGCUCAGUUACACUCUUCCUGCCCCAUCUCAGUGGACCAGCUGCACACUACCCUCACUCCACUGCUGGUGCUGGCCACUGACCUGCUGCUGGACAUGCUAGACAGGCUAGGGCUGUGGAGUGUGUAUGACAGCGAUGUCGGUGAUGAGGAGCUUGAGGCCAGUCUUCGCUUCUCUGCCCCGCUGGACCACAGCAACCAGGUGGACCUGCGUUGGGUCCGAACCCUGGUUCUGUACACCCUGCAGCUGCUCCAUGACAGGGCCAAAUGGGAAACACUGGUCCACUUUGCCUUACUUUUCAACUCAUAUACACGGGAACGCUACACCUUGACAGUAACUCCUCUACAAGUCCACGCUCAGAGGAGGCUGCUGGAAAGGAUUACGACCCUUGGAGGGCCUUCAGUUCCUCAACCACACCAUGUGAAAACACAGAAGGCCACUGGCAAGGAGAUAACUUGCAGGAGCUAUGCUGGCUGUCAGCUGCUCAGUGGAUGGACCCCUUACACUAAGACCUCCUCUAAUGUAAACAACUCAACUGCAGAUGUGUUGUGUGUCUAUGGUGCAGAGAUACAGCGCUCCAUGUGUCUGGUGUGUGUUCCUCUGGAUGUGGAGGAUACACUGCGCUGUUACCGUCAAGCUCUAGAGAAAAGAUUGUACUGUCUGCAGACUUUCCAGCACAGCCGCUCGCUUCUGCUGUUGCUCUUGGCACACACACAGCCUUUCUCGGUGGCACAGUUGCGUCAGGGCAGCAGCCCCUUCCACUCUCCAGGCCAGGUUGGAUUCAGUCCUGUUGUUACAUCAACUCCAGAGUUGCAGCCUCAGGACCUGGCAGAAGAGGACUUCAGCACUCUGAACGCUCUCUACAGCCUGCCCAUUGGACCUAAGCACACACACUCUGUCAUUACUGCAUAUUCAACAUCCAUAAAGUACCUCCAGGCCAACAGUCAUAACUCCCUCAGAGUCCAGGCGUUGCGUGACAUAGGAAACCUUCAUUUCUACAACAGAAACACACGGGCUGCUCACUCAUAUUGGUGUAAAGCAAUAGACUGCGCCCUGCUGAGCACAGACGUGCUAGAGAAAUGGGAUGGGGUGUCCUGGGGUGGUGGCUCCCUGCAACACAGCCUGAAGCUGACUGGGAUUUGGGGCUGUCUGCAGGCUGCUGUCCUUGCUGCCAAGAUUGCACAGUACACCUUAACAUCUGACAUAGGCCAACGGACGAAAUGUUGCCUUCUGUCUGCUCAUCUCUUUAAGUGUGUGCUGUGUUGCUCCCUGCCUCAGCCUCAGUGCGACCUCCACUAUGCCUCACACAUUCUUGGGGAUGAACUUCUCCCUGGAGUUGACAUUUUCGCUGAACCUCACAGACUUAACCUGGGCUCCACUGUAUCGAGCCUCAGCUUCCUUUGCUACUGGCUGUACACCACAAGGCACUACAUCACGCUGCUGCCCAUGCUGGCCCUCUACCUACACUUUUCAGGAACUGUAUGUCAAGAUGUUCAGCGUACUGCUGAGGGAAAAAUACUGAAGAUACGCACUCUGACUGAGCUGAGUCUGUUCGCUGAAGCUAUAAAGGAGACAGUUCACCUCACACAAGGAAAGGGAAUCCCACGGGCUUAUGGGCACAACAUCUGUAUUGACAAUCCUCAGCCUGUGAGGAGAUUCUACAGUAACAAAUCUCUCCUGGACAAUGCUCAGGUUUUGGCGGACAUUGUGAAUUGUGACCUGGCUCCAGAGGUCCGCAUGUUACUUGGAUCCACACUGUGCCACCGGUGGAACCUGGCUCGGAUCCAGCUGGUCCUCACACUCACUAGCACCAUACACAGCCUUCCAUGGGCAGAGUCUGUUGUCAACACCACAAGGAGUCAUCCGAACAGCUCAGUGCACCAUGAAGAGGAUGGCCUGGACACUGAGGAGAACAGAGCCAUGAAGAGAACAGAGCCUAAAGUGCUGGUUCUUGACCCCCAAAGGGACAAGCUUACUCCAGAGAAAAUUAAGUUCUUGUUGCUGGAAAGCACAUUCCCAUUGCUGAAUUGCAGCUUGCAGCAGCUUCUGCCUCAGUCCCGCUGCAAAAAUGAAGACCUGGAAAUGACCAUAGAGGCCAGCCUGUUAAUGGCCAACCUUUACCUGCAGCAAGGGCAUGCUGCACUCAGUUCUGAUAUGGCAGUGUCAGCCUUGGUGUUGCUGCACAUGUCUCCUGUCAUCAUGGUAGGAGCUCUCUCUUCCUCUCAGAAUCCUGCCUCUCCACUCCCAGAUACCACAGCUGGUAGUGAGCAGGGCAGUACAGGUUCACGUGGUGUGUUCAGCCCCCUGCCUACAGACUGUCCCAGAGCAGUUGAGGCUUGUGAGAGAACUGGAGCUGCUCUGUGGUUGCACUGCCGUCUGGCUCUGGUCCGUAGCCUGGCAGCACACAUCCCUGGCACUGCUAUUUUCCCAGGUAAGGACAGUAAUGAGGAGGCAGCACGGGUGUUAAAGGAGGGUCUUGAGGAAAGUGCAUUGUGGGGAGACCCAGACACUCAAGCCCUUUUGCUGUUAGAGGGUGCUGCACUGGAGGCACAGAGAGGACAGCCUAAAGCUGCCAGAAUCUCAAUGCUGCAGGAGGCUGUGAGCCUGCUGUCAGGCCGGACUUGCAUGCCUCCAGGCUCAGGUGUGACUCUAGCUCAGGCCACCCUGCUGCUCGGUGACCUGAGAGGAACACACAGCACCACACUGCUGGAGCUGACACAAAAACUACUGCAGCAACAGCUGUGUGUCUUUGGUGAAAAUGUGGUGUUGGAGGAUGGACAAGUAUGUUUCCCUCCACCUGGUCCCAGCAACAUCUAUCUGCCUCACCUCCCACUUCUGGCUAAGGUCACUAUGCGCAUUGGUCACACCCUGGCUGUCAAGGCUAUCGAGAGGCCUGUCUCUGCCCUUCCCUCCCUGAGCCACCUAAACACCUCCAGUCCCACAGGUCCCUCCAUGGUCAGCCCCUUCCAGAUACCCAGAGUUGCCCCGAGCCCUGAUGUAGUCCAGGCUUGGCAUGAUGCCCACAAGGUGUUGCAGUCUGCACUGACUCUCUCCCAGUUCUGUGCCUACAGAAACAUGCAGCUGGAGGCUGAUCUACUCUACUGUCGCGGUGUUGUGGAGCGCAGUCUGAGGUAUCUCAGUAAAGUCAAGCGACAGGAAGUGGCUGGGACCUUCCUGGGGUGCAUCCAGACUACAAUGACACACUGCCACAACCUGCCGCUGAUUCGUAAUUGUUACCUAGAGCUUGCGCUUCUUUUCCUCCAUGACUGGCAGCAUAUACCACACAAGCCCCUAGAGACUACAUCUCAAAACAAAAUCUCACACUGGAAGCGUUUGCUACUCAAUCUGAACAGAGGUCUGACUGUGAGAGAGGGAUACCUGCUGCUUUUCUGGACCUACCUCAGAGGGGCUGCCAUGGUGCUGAAAGCCAUGUCUGCCUGUAGCCAGCUUUGUGGCGCCGUUGCAGGUGGAGAGUCACUGUCUGAAAUGGCCGUCAAAGCCCUACCCAUCUUUGCCGGCAAUGACCUGCUUAAUCCCUGUGGUGGUGUGGAUCAAAUGUCUCAGGACGCAGCUAACCAGUCACCGGAGGCAGAGCAGAGCCUCAGAGCUCUCUCUCUCUCUCAUCUCACUUGGACCCAUGUGGCUCGCUACUACAUACACCUGCUGAACCUGCAGAAAACAGAGAGUGAACCAGUGUGCACUCAGAUUGGGGAAGGCCUAGCAUCAUUACCGAGAGAUGCUAGCCCAGCAUCUCGUCUGUCUCAGCUUCACAAUUUCCUCUGCUCGCACAUGACCAGCUACAGAGAGAACUGCUGUGCUCCUGAACCUGCACCUGCUGAGAUAAUACUGCUGCCACAGAUUGUACAGCUGAGCCCUGCACUGCGAGCCUGUUUAGGCCAGGAGCAGGAAGAUGAGGUGUACCGGUGGUCCAUCUCCAGUAAACAGCAGCUCUGUAUGCAGUGGCAUCAGCCUGCCCUGAGCCCUGCACCAGGAUACCAGGACAUAGUGUUUCUAUUGUAUGGCCACAACAGACAUCCUGUGUCUGCCACAAGAGGAUCAACCAUUGCUGUAAUGGGGCUGCAAUGUGGGCAACAUGUUAUUAAAAUAGAAAGGGCUAAGGCGGUCCAUGCACAGCUGUGUGAGCUGUGUGUGACAGCAAACAUGACACUGUCUGUAGCUGCCAGCUUCCACUGCACCUCAAAUACCAAAACCCAGAAGCUCAAUGAAACCUCUAAAGAGUCUCCCAACCAACACAUGCAGAUGCUAAAGGAGAAGAUUCUGAGCUGCUGUUUGUCCAUCAAGGAUCUUCUGCAGUCAGGCUCAAAGUCUGACCCCCUCACCGAGGUACCAUUUGAGAUCACUUUGGAGAGCCUUCGUGACCUUGAGCGCUGUUUCAACCCAGCUGGUGGCGCUAUAGUGGAUGCCUCCUCUCUGACUGACUGGAUCUUAUCUGUCCUCACACAUUCCUGA